UGUGAGUUUUCUAUAAACGUCACUGUAUUCCAGCUUUUGCGUUGGAAACAUACUUUACUCGUUUGAAAGCCGUUACUGACAUUUUGUCAUCUCGAAUAGCCAUUCUGAACAUUCUGGAAUCACUCAUAAUGAAGAAGUACGCAAUCAUCGGCUUGGGAGGCCGGAGUAGCUUCUUUUACACUGCACUGGCAAAGGACUUCAAAGCUACUUCUGUCAUAGUCGGUCUCUGUGAUACAAACCAGACGCGAAUGAAUGUUGCCAAUGACAAUCUUGUGGCACUGAAAUAUCCGUCUGCGCCAUUGCCCACUUACAAGGCUCAUGAGUUUGAGAAGAUGAUCAAGGAGACGACGCCAGAUGAGGUUAUUGUCACGACGAUGGAUAGGACGCAUGACAUUUAUAUCAUUAAGGCCUUGGAGCUCGGGUGUAAUGUGAUAACUGAGGUAAAUAGACGGUUCUGAAUAAUUGGAGGAUUUAGAAGUAUCUUGUACUGAAAAGUGGAAACAGAAACCAAUGACCAUUGACGAGACGAGAUGCCAGGCUAUCAUUGAUGCUGUAAAGAGAACGGGGAAGAAAGUCAGGGUGACGUUCAACUACCGUUAUGCUCCACAUAACACAAAGGUCUAUGAGCUGCUAGGUAUGUUGAGAACCACUCUUCAUCCCGUAAUGAAACUCCUAUUAAACAAGUCAACAGGUGAAGGAGUAAUCGGAAAAGUAAACUCUAUCCACUUCGAAUGGGCUCUCAAUACCAGCCACGGAGCUGACUACUUCCGCCGCUGGCACCGCGACAAACGCAAUGCUGGCGGUCUUCUGGUCCACAAAUCCACGCACCACUUCGAUCUGAUCAACUUCUGGCUGCGAUCGUCACCUGUAAGUGUGAUGGCCCAAGGGGGUCUCAUGUUCUACGGCCGCGAGAAUGCCGAGAACCGAGGCGUGACCGAGUUCUAUACUCGUGCUCAUGGAAGCGAGGUCGCUAAGAAUGAUCCAUUUGCCCUGCAUCUCGAAGAUCAUGAGCAGUUGAAGAAGAUGUACCUCGAUGCUGAGCACGAAGAUUCAUACUAUCGGGAUCAGAGCGUUUUCGGUGAUGGGAUCAGUAUUGAGGAUACGAUGGGUGUUUUGGUGAAGUAUGCGAGUGGUGCGAUCCUGACGUAUAGUUUGACGGCUUAUGCGCCAUGGGAAGGAUUCAGAGUUGUGUUUAACGGAACGAAGGGCCGAUUGGAACUGGAUGUAGUGGAGCAGAGUUAUGUGAAUAGUGGCGGUGAGCAGGGAGCAGAGGGCGCCUUGGAGAAGUGUACGGUCACGCUGAGACCGUUAUUUGAGAAGCCGCGGGAGAUUGAGGUUCAGUCGGGUGAAGGGGGACACGGUGGUGGUGAUCCGGUGCUGUUGAAUGAUCUGUUCGGCAGCAAUGUUGGCGAAGAUCGUUUUGGAAGAGCUGCUGAUCAUAUUGAUGGUGCGAGGAGUAUUUUGACAGGUAUUGCAGCCAACAGGUCUCUGAGGACCGAGGGCGUUGUACUGGUGAAGGAUGUACUAGACUUGCAGUGUUAGAUGGAUCUAAAAUGUAUAGAUUAGGGGGGCGUUGAUCAGAAAAGAGAAUACGUAUAUCUGGCUAGAGCAUAAUUGGAUUUGGCACACCUCUAUCCAGGACAGCUACCUCUGGAAUGCUCGUGUACGAUCCUGGAAUGGAUGCAAUAAAGCACAGUGCAUGGCCAGAAAGUCAAAGGACGAAUCGAUACUACAACCACAACAUGUGCUCUCGCUUAACCUUACGAUUGAUGUCCCGUACGCUGUCGUCUGCUUGAAACUUCUAGGUCUGCUGGGUCGAGAGAAAUCCGAGAACUUGUU